AGGUUUUACGCCGAGCCCACCAGCUCCGCCAUAUUUACUCCACUCCGGAUUUUUAGUCUAGCCGCUGUGGCGCGACAGUAAAACAAAAGACAGUCGGCCAUUACGGUGGAGAUUUUCAGCUGGAGUUUGUUAUUUUCUCGUCACAUGAACUGAAGGCCUUCGGUAUUAUUCAGGAGAUCAUUCUUUGGACUAAAAUGAUGUGAGAUGAGCCUGAGAGCGGGCGGGUUCAUGUAUACAGUGUGAGCGUCUCUUUUGUUUUUGUGGGAAGUGUGGGGCUAAAGCAUCAUGUUCCGUCCUGGAGGAGAGCGAGACUUCCAAACGUCAGCCCGGAGGAUGGGGACGUCCCUGCUCUUCCAGCUGUCGGUUCACGAGAGAGAGUUGGAUCUCGUUUUUCUGGACCACAGCUAUGCCAAACCCUGGAACGCCCACCCGGAUGCCAGCAGUGCCCGGCCCACCCGCAUGCUGUUCGUCACCCCUCGACGGCAGCCGGAAGCGUCUGGGGAUUCGGAUAUGUCCAUUGAUGUGGAGACGGUCACACCCACUCCAAUGCCUCUCUAUGACAACCAGAAGGCCCGUAGUGUGAUGAACGAGUGUGACCGGCAUGUUCUGUUCGCCCGGACAGUCGCUGAUGGACCGCCGCCUCCCGAUGACUGGGAAGAACACAUCAACAAGACUGGCUGGUCAUUGGCUCAGAACAAGCUCUUUAAUAAAGUAUUGAAAGCCCUGCAGGCAGAACGACUCGGCAGACUGGCCAACGAUGGUGCCUGUAAUGAACCCGUCUUACGCAGAAUAGCUGUGGAUAAAUGCGCUCGCAAGGUCCGCCAUGCCCUGUCCAGUGUCAGCUGGGACAUAAAGCUCACACACUGGCUUCAUAACACACUUCUGGAGUCUUUGAGCCUCGCUAUGUUGGCGGCUUACCUUGACGUGCUGCAGACACUCAAGAGCAAGGUGCCGUCCCUGAUAGACAGGAUGCUGCUGUCGUCUUCUGUAAAAACAGGAGCCGCAGGGGCCGAGGCUCUUUCUCUGCUCCUCAAACGCCCGUGGGACCCUGCAGUGGGUGUGCUAUCACACAACAAACCAAGUAAACUUCCUGGAUCCCCGCUGAUCCUUAUUGCUCCAUCUGGACCAACCAACCCUGCCUUUCCUACAUCCCGACGAAUGAGAUUCUGGCAAUCUCAGCUGUCCUGUCUUGGGAAGGUCAUUCCCAUUAACGUUCAUGUUGGCAGUGGAGCCAACGUUGGAAUCACGCAGUGUUUGGAGCACAUGAUCGGCACAGUCAGAGGAAAAGUCAUCGAGGUUCACAGUCACUUCCCUCACAAACCGAUCAUCUUGGUGGGCUGGAAUGUAGGAUCAUUGAUGGCUUGUCAUGUGUCUUUAAUGGAGUACAUGACUGCUGUUGUGUGUUUGGGUUUCCCUCUCCAAACGAUCAGUGGGCCACGAGGGGAUGUUGAUGAUCCGCUGUUGGACAUGAAGACUCCAGUGCUGUUUGUGGUUGGUCAGAACGCUCUGCAGUGUAGUCCUGAAAACAUGGAGGAGUUCAGGGAGAAAAUCCGGGCCGAUAACAGCUUGGUUGUUGUCGGAGGAGCAGACGACAGCUUGAGGAUCAACUCCACUAAGAUGAAGACAGAAGGCCUGACCCAGACCAUGGUGGAUCGCUGCAUUCAGGACGAGAUUGUUGAUUUUCUGACUGGAGUUUUGACCCGCUCUGAGAGUCACGGCCAUGGCUCUGGUGAAACACGUGAUUUAGAUGCUGAGAAGAAGAAGCCUCGCCGCGAGCUGCCCUUUGACCUUGACAGGUCUCGGCCGUCUUCACCUGCUGUGAGGGUACCCAUCUCUCCUUCUGGUUCAGAGGAUAUGUCCAGUGUCUGCAGCAGUCCCACAGCCAGUCCCAAACCCAAGACUGUCGGCCUUUCUCCAGCUCAGAAAUCCAGUCUCAUCACUGCCACGCAACUGCUGAAGACCCACAUGCAGCGUUCUGGAACUGUACUCACACACAAACAAGCACAAGCUCAGUUCGCUGCUUUUAUGAAACAUAAUAUGCUGGUGAGGAAAAGCAUUCCUCCUGGCAGCCCUUCAUGUCUAUUUGUGCCGGUGCCCAGUGAGCAGGUGGAGGGUUUAGAGCGAGACGACAUGAGGGUCCACCUCAAGAGGAGACAAACUCCCAGUCCAACACCAACCAAAGCCUCCAAACGAGCCAAGAUCAAAGUCACCAUCGUUUCACACGGAGACGCGGCGGGAAACACCCCUGGCUCCACUGCUCAGGAAGUGGGUUUGUCAGGAAAGCCUCUCGGUCUGACAGUGGGCCAGACGACAGUAUCAGGGGCCAAAGAACUGUCUGAGCUUCUCAGUGCACAAAGGUCAGGAGGCUUAGCAGAGGUGUCUGGAGCUUUGGCCUCUAGCGAGGGCUCGUUUCACAGUCUGCAGGGGAGCGUUAUUUCACGCUCUUCCUCGCCUGUCCAGGCCGCCGGUACUGCACAAGCUCCCUCUGCCAGCAGUCUGCUGCAAGGUCUCAGCCUCAGUCUGCAGGAGAUCAACACUAAAUCUCCAGGCGUUCCCUCAACCACACAGGUGUCCGGAGGAAAGCCCCAGGGUCAGGGGCAGGUGUUGAGCUCUCUAAGCCCAGGCAGUGGUACUCUAGUGCGGGCAGUGCCGAUGGUGUCCACAGGCUCCGGGAUGACCAAAACCACAGCCAUCCACCAGCUCCUGACCAACGGCGGAUUGGCAAAGCUAGCCAAUAGUCUGCCGGGCCUGGCCCACGUCUCCAGUCAGAGCUCGGGUACGUCCUCAACGCCGCGCUCCAAACAGAGGCGUCCCAGAUGAGUACACAUCUAGAGUACUAGAGUAAGGUCAAAUCCAUAGGCAGGGUGACCAGGAUAAAUAAAUAGUGUGUAAAUAUGUUUGAUAAACCAACAUCUGUGCUGAUUUGUACUGUUUUUUUAAUGCAUGUAAAGACAUUUAUUGGGUGAUCUUCUUCAAAAGUGCGAACUCUAAUGUACUUUUGCAUCACAUAAUUAAUUUUAGUGCGUUCUUAUGCUGAUUAUACAUAUGCAGGGCAACUUUUUGGGCAAUGUUUAUUGGGCAAUUUUGCAGAGCGAUGUUGCUUGGCUAUUUUUUUUUAUUAAGAAUGGGCAACAGUAUUGUAUUUAGCCCAUUACCCUAUCUAGAACAGUUUAUUUACAGCAGCAUUGCUCAAAAAGUUGCCCUGUGUAUCAUCAGCAUUAGAGGUUGACCUUUGAACUCAAACUGCUGUCAGGAGCAUCCAAAUAUUUAUGUGUUGCCACAUCGCCGGCUUCAUUCGUGUACAUGCUUAAUACGUCCACCGUGUUUGACGUUUCAUUUGGCUGAUCAGUUUUCUGUUGGAUGAGGUGUGUUUGUAAACCAUACGCUUGCUCUGCUCACAAAGACAUCCAUUAAAUUCCCAACUACAAACCGUU